AUUUUUCUAAAACAGGAAAGCUGGCGCAGACCAAAAGGUAUUGAUUCUCGUGUUAGAAGAAAGUUUAAGGGUUGUGUGCUGAUGCCCAAUAUUGGAUAUGGGUCUGACAAGAAGACACGUCACUAUCUUCCCAAUGGCUUCAAGAAGUUUGUUGUGCACAAUGCGAGUGAACUCGAGAUCUUAAUGAUGCACAACCGAACUUACUGUGCAGAGAUUGCACAUAAUGUGUCCACAAGGAAGAGGAAAGAAAUUGUUGAGCGAGCAGCACAACUUGAUGUGGUUGUGACGAACAAGCUUGCUAGGCUACGCAGCCAGGAGGAUGAAUGAGCACUUUGGCUUUAGUAUCUUUAUAAUGUCAGUGUCUGGACAUGUCUGCAAAUCAAAUUUUGUUCGAUAUGGAUUUUUGCCCAUCCUUGUGUGGCUAAUGUUAAAACUUUUCAGAUUUUACGUAUUUACUCCAGUCCUCUGGGUGAUAAGUUGCCACUAUGGUUACAUUCUACAUGCAUCUAUGGGAUUUGUAGACUAUAUUAUACAAGAGCUGCUGAAACGGACCAUAGGAAACUAUAGUUUAAAUCUCAGCAUUGGCAGAAAAUGCUAGGUGCCUUGUUUUCAUCUGCCUAGAGUUUAAAUCUCAGCAUUGGCAGUAAAUUUUGUUGAUGUUAUGCAAGCUAAUCCGGACACAAGACUUUAGAGUUUUGUUACAGAAGAAAGAUCCAAGUAAGGUGAUUGAAGCAUUUUGUUUGGGAUGUGCUAGUAGAUACAGCUCCUCCAUUUUUGUCUUGAAGAUGAAAAGAAAUUUUGAGAGUUUACUUGAGAAACUGCUUAUCUUA